AUGGCGAGUCCCCUGCACGUCUCCACGCCAACAGAGCUCCUCUCUAUCCUGCUUCUCCAGGCGGCCAUAUGGGGCUCAGAUUCCUUCACAGUGAGCGGCCCCUCGGAGCCCAUUGUGGCUAUGCUGGGCACAGAAACCGUGCUGCCCUGUCACGUGGUCCCACCCAUGAAUGUGGAGACCAUGGAGCUGCGGUGGUUCCGCUCGCAGUACUCGGAGGUUGUGUAUGCCUAUCGGGACGGAAUGGAGCAGGUGGCGGAACAGCUCGUAGAUUUCAAAGGGCGGGCAGAACUGGUGAAGGACUACAUCUCCGAGGGAAAAGUAGCCGUGAGAAUCCGCAGUCUGCGGGUCUCAGACAACGGGAUGUACAAGUGUUUCUUUAAACGAGAUAAAGACUUUGAAGAAGCCACGUUGGAGCUCAAGAUCAUAAGUCUUGGUUCUGGCCCUCACAUCCUCAUGGUGGGUCCAGAAGAUGAAGGAAUAAGGCUGAUGUGCACUGGCAAAGGAUGGUUUCCCCAGCCUGAAAUACAAUGGAAAGGUGAAGGGGGAGAGAAGCUCCCAUCUCUCUCUGAGGACGAGACCCAAGAUGAUGAUGGAUUGUUCCAGAUAGAGGCAUCCAUCAUCAUAAGAGACAGAUCAAAGAGAGACGUGUCCUGCUCCAUGAAGAACCCCUUCUUUCUACAAGAACAGGUGGAAACAAUUUCUAUCCCAGAGCCCUUUUUCCCCAGGACCUCGCCUUGGAGGGCAGCAUUUGCUGUGACUUUCUUCAUGCUUGUGAUUUGCCUGGGUGCUGUGGUGUUUUUGGCUUGGAAAGAAAAACAAGCAAAGAAGAGAGUGCAGAAUGCCGAGGAUGAAAGAAAGACAGACAGACAAGCCAAAGAAAAAUUAGAGAAAGAGCUUGCCACAAGGAAGGAACUGUAUCAGCAUGACUGGACAAAAGCAAAUUUAUAUGCUGACUGGAGAAAGGAAUAUUUCAAAGCAGUGGAUGUUUCUCUGGAUAAGAAUACAGCUCAUCGUGGCCUCACCAUAUCUGGGGAUGGAAAACGUGUUUCUUUGAAAAAGAAUGUUGUUCAGAACUCUGAUGCUCCACCACCACAGGGGCCAGGGGGGUCUGGAACCAUCUUCAGUGCUGUGGGUCAGAAUUGCUUUGCCACAGGGAGAUGCUAUUGGGAAGUAAAAGUACUUGGGGAGAAAGAAAUGGGACAAGGAGCUCAAUGGACUCUGGGUAUUUGCCCUGAAACAGUGAAUAGAGAACGGUGGUUUGUGGAAAAUACAGAGAAUAAUUUAUGGUUGGUGGCCUACAAGGAAGGGAAGGUCAUGACCCUCACCUCCAAGCCAGAGUCUCUGAAACUAAGAAGUUACCCUGAGAGGAUAGGAGUUUUCCUGGACUGGGAGGCUGGGGAUUUGUCCUUUUACAACAUGGUGGAUGGGUCCCACAUCUGUUCCUACACUGGCAUCAACUUCUGUGGGAAAUUCCAGCCUUAUUUUAGCCUGCAAGGUGCUGGCACAUCUAUGACCAUCUGCUCAGCUUCAGGUCAGACUGAAAAUGUUCCCAGUUCUUCUGCAGAGACAUCAGUAACUCACGUAAGGAAUUGUGAUACAGAUGUCCCUCAGGAAACUAACACUCUAUUAUCUCCAUAA